CCACUUAGGUCAAAGUUCACCACCAACUCUGUUUCUGCCGGGAAAGGUGUUUGAUAUCUUAUUAUAUUAUCGGUUAAUAUCUUGGUAAUCAUGGCUGAUGAUAAGGCUGACCAUCAUUCGCACACAGAUGAAGUGCUCUCGUCUAGUCCUGGUGUCCACUUCGAGCCUAUCUUGCAACUACCUCCCGUCGAAACAAAGACAUUGGAAGAAGACGAAGAAGAGUUUUUCAAAAUGAGAGCCCGUCUUUAUCGGUUCGAUUCAUCGAUGGACCCGCCGGAGUGGAAAGAGCGAGGGACGGGCGACGUGAAGAUCAUGAGGCAUAAGCAGAAGACACUCAUGCGACUGCUGAUGCGGCGAGACAAGACUUACAAAAUCUGUGCGAAUCAUUACAUUUCUCCCUACAUGGAACUGAAGCAGCAUGCGACCAGCGAUCGGGCAUGGGUGUGGAGCGUACCAGCAGACUUUGCCGAUGAGUCAACGAAACCAGAGUUGUUGGCCAUCCGAUUCGCAAACGUGGAGAACGCUCAGAAAUUCAAGGAGAAGUUCAUAGAAGCGCAGUCGCUCGUCAGAUAUGCCGAGUCGGGAGAUUCAGGUGGAGAAGACGAUGAAGAUGAGAAGGACCAUUCUGCCGAGGAAAAAGCAGAGAAGGAAGAAUCGGAGGUGAAGAAAGAAUCAGAGGUGAAGGAAGCCACAGCGGAAAAUGAAGAUGCAGAGGCUGACAGCGUAGCGGAGAAGCUGGCAGGGCUGGAGGUGAAAGAUCAAGGGGCGGGCGACGGCGACAAGACAGAGGGCGCCACAGAAGAGAGUUCGGCGAAACAGGAGUAGGCGGCGGUUUGGCCGCACGAGGCAGCGUUCGAACAAUCCCUGCACCGACCGAGCAUCCCCUCCGAAGUGUCUUCUAAGCAGCUUGCCGAUCUAUAUCUAGAAACGUCUCUCCUCUCCCUCACCGGCUGCCGUCGUCUCUCCUCUCCCUCGCCCCUCGCUGGUUUGGGCCAGGGGGCACCACUGGUAGGGGGUUCGCCGUGCUGGACUCACGACGCUCGCGUGCUGUCGUUAACACACAGGAGACGGCGGACACCCCAUGAGCCAACCUCGCUCGUCUUAGAUUGCCUUUUGUGACUGCCGGAUGAACGACCCCCAGAACGACCCCCAGUCUCCGAGGGCCCAGAUGCAACCCACCCUGCUCCCCAACGACCCCCUUGUCUUGUCGUCGUGGCGACUGGCAGCUGCAGCGUCGGCGUCCUUAGUUGUUCUCCAAUGGUUGUCGGCGAUUUUCGCUAAUCGAGUAGAUUUGCACGGCACAUGCGGCGGCAGAUAAAACGUAGAGAUGAAACGAGCGUGGGGUGAAACUUUUUAAAUUCGGAACAGACUGUACAAAGCCAUUGCAGUACACUGUACAUACACGUGUGGGUCGUGCUUACUAUGUCACAUGUAAAAUCACCGCGUAACCCUGGAACCGUUUACAUGUGACGUAUUGACUUCCAUUGUACAAAGUUUGAGAUUUACUGUAAGGACUGUUUCGUGUAGUUUUCUUCACUGUCUAAAGGUCAAUAAAGAGUCGCGUAAACAGUUUUCCUGUAA